AAAAUGCACAAUAUACACCAAAAAUAUACCUCUUCGGACGAUCGCACUUUGCGUUACAUGCGUUGACAACAACAGGGUACCCGCUUGAGACAAAAACGACAUCUCAGUUGCACUUUUAUAAACCCCCCUAGGUUCAAAUGUAACCUUCGACUUCGGUACCUUGACGUGCGUAACCCAAGUAGCCGAGUAACAUUUCUUGUAACGUUUGUCCAAGUUCACCGCAAAGUGUAGGCUGUAGCUACACGUUCUUUACUGAGAUGCGCCUCCAGUGGACCGUCACUGUCUCUUCUGGAGGUUGACGGAACGUCUCAAGUUCAGGGUCAUAGAUAUGGGCAUCGGCGCAAGUGUCAAGAAGAAACCAACACCAGACAACCCCAGAGACAAGAUCCGAGCGUGGCAGCGACAGUUGAAGCAGGAACAUCGGAUCUUGGACAGAGAAAUUGGCGCACUUGGUCGCGCAGAAGCUGACACGAAGAAGAAGAUUCGCGAGGCGGCAAAGAAGAAGAGAGGUUCGAAGGACGCAUGCGUACAACUGGCCCGUCAGAUCGUGCAGAACCGGAAGGCAGUGACGCGGCUGUACGCAGCUAAGGCCAAACUCAACGCCGUGGAAAACAACCUCAAACUUCAGUUAGCCAAUGUACGCCUGGUGAACGCCUUCGAGUCGAGUGCUGACAUCAUGAAGGACAUGCAGUCUCUACUCCAGGUGUCUCAGAUCCAGAAAACGGUGUCUGAUCUGACCAAGGAGAUGCUCAAGGCCGGCGUUAUAGAGGAGGUGCUUGAGGACGCUUUUGACGACAUGGAAGACCAGGAAGAAGUGGACGCCCUUGCAGAGGAGGAGGUGGAAAAAGUGUUGUUUGAACUGACACAAGGAGCCCUUGGGAAGGCACCGGCAGUAGUAAGUGGUGAGCUAAGUGAUGGGAGUAAAGCGGAGGAUGCCGCCUCAACACAAGAACAGAAAGAGAAAACAGCAGCAAAUGACUGAAGCAAUACAGAAUGCU